AUGGCAUUUGAAAUUGUUCGUCAAGAGUCUCCUGAAGAGCCCAGUGGACGUAGUCGAUUGUGUCAUCGUAAUGACAUCAUUCAUGUAUUGAUAAACAACACGGCAAGUAAAAAAAUUCAGGGCAUUGCCUUAAGCAUGGCAGAACUUGAAAAUGUGGAUUGGAAUUGUGAAGCAUUCUCUAAGAUGAUAACCUGA